AUGCCCUCUCUCGUCUGCCCGACAUCAGAAGCGUCGCGUCCGAUGUCUGGUAUCCUUACCCCAACCUCGGACGGUUCACUGAAUAGAAUAGCUAGCGACCAUGUCUCCUCGUCUGACUCCAGGAAGCGCAAGCGAGGUGUUUCUGGACUCCCAAUGGAGGACCUGCUGAAGCCAACUAUUGUCGUGAAGCCUCAUCCGUCUAGUCUCCACGCAAAACCCCGCAUCCUCCACCCCAUGAUGCUCCUCCCUCGAGAACACCUGCCAUUGUCUAGCCUCGAUCUGUCUAUGCCUCAUGGCGACUUCUCCGCCUGCCGCUUCUACGAGUCUCGCAUUAAGAUUUUGGAUCUUGAGGGUCGCCUGGGCUCAAAUCUCUUGGUUGCCCGAUCAGAGACUAACCGCAUUGUCUACGCCAUUGAACGGCAGGGAGAUGGUCUAUAUGUGCUUUGCAAACUGGGCCCCUGGGUAGAUGUGGGAAGCCUUGUUCAAUUCGCGACGGUGGCCUGUGGCCAACGCCUACGGUCAUAUUCAGCCGUCCCUAAAGCCAACGACACGCCGCUGCCGCUGACCACCCCCCAAUUGCACAAGGAUAAUAAGAGGAGGAGGCUUGCCAUUGAAGAAAUCCAGUCAAUGGUCAAGAAGCGCCCGAGAUCGCAGUCGGUGGCAACCGCGGCUUCCCAAGAUCCAGUCCAUAACGCAACGCCGGUCGACGGUCGCACCAACGGUCCAACGGCUGAAAGUCAGCUCUCUGAGAGUCCGGUUCUCGCAGCCAAUGCUCAACCCCAAGAAUCCCAUUCGCAAGCUUUCCCUGCGUCGGAUCCCACCGACGAGUCCUUGUCACAAACCACAGCCGAAGGCAUUUUCAACAAUAUUAGGAAUCAAUACCUGGAAGCCUUGUAUCACUCCAUGGGAUCGUUGGCGUACUUUGCAAAGGGGCCAUUGUCUCGUGCCCGCGCCGCUUUUCAUCUGGACUGUGACGCAAGCUUGGAAAUGAAUGACCUGAUCGGUUUCCUGCAGAGUCUUGUGAUGAACACGGUGCUUAUUGACAAGAAAUACCGCGAAACGGUGCCGGAAAUCACGUCCAAAAUGAAGACCCUAGUGGAGGAGUCUGACAACGGGGGCCCAAAGUCGAAGAAAAGAAAGCCGAAGAAGAUGAAGAUUGGAAAAGACGGGCUCUAUCCAUUGGAAGAGAACCAUAUCAGGCGUUGGUGGAAUUUGAACAAGGCGAGUGAACAGUCGGUGACCCCCGAGGAAGUCAAAUAUCAUAUUUCCUGCUUGCGAAAGAGGGAGACUCAGCUCCAGAUGAUCGUCAUCCUUGAGAUUCUGGCGUUAGAACCCCUCCGUCGCCCGACCGAUGCAACCGAGGAGAGCCAGCUUCCAGGGAUGGGAUCUCAAGUCACCCCACAAGGUGCUACAGCGGAAGCCCCGGUGAAGAGGAGAAACAAGCACAACUUCCCUGUGCUUUUGGAUGUGCAUGCGGACAGACUCUGUAUCUGGCAGUCUACGACUUUAGACGAGGUAAAGGCCCUUGCAGAGUCUCAGGUCACGAACCAUGGUCAGCAGACAGAGAGGACGGACAGGCCGAAUUCCGACCCCCUGAAGGACUUCUGCGUCGACAUAAUUCUUCCCUUCUUCUCUGCCCGUCUGCCAGAUCUAUGUGACUCUAUCAGCCGCAAGCUUGGAGGACCGGUCAUCAAGGCGCCUGCCAGUGCGAAGCCGGCAAGCCAGUCGAAGCCGAAACCCGGCGCACCCGCGAAGAAGUCGACUUCAUCGAGAAAGGGCAGGGAGAAGACGCUGGAGCGGGUCCUCUCCAACGAGAGGAUGAGGCGCAGCUUGUCGCGCGGCCCGACUGAUGCCAUCGCGCUCAUGCGAUCUGCAAGCGCCACGACGAUACCCGGGCUGAAGAGAGAGACAAGCGAGACGCUAUUGGGGAUGGUGCCGAAGAAGCAACCAGCGCCCGUCAAGGAGAGGUCGUCCAAUUUGUUUUCCCGAGCCGCCAGCCAGAGCAGCGUCGAAGAUGAGAAGGCGAAGAAGAAGGCCAGUCUCGAGGCAGAGCUGAAGGACGCCAUAUCCGCGCUUAAGAAACCGAAUAGGGCGCUCGCGGGCAAGGCCAUCGUCGAGGACGCCGAGAAGCGCACGUCAAGCAGCUUGUCCCAACUCAAAAAGGCGAGAAAGCCGACCCGGAUCUCAUCUGUACCAACAGUGCAGGUGAAGGCCACUCCCGCAAACAACCGAUUCAGGGAUGCAAUGCCGGCGCAUGAACCGCGGGUGCCAGGUCUUUCUCUUCCCGAGAUCAUCUCAGACGAAAUGGAUGCCAUCCCAUCAAGUUCGUCAGUGGUGCCAUCCUCGACAGCCCCCAAAAGGGUCAUGAUGAACAUCCUCGACUCCCCCGCCAUCACCAUCACCACGACGCCGACGGCGGGCAAGAUUCAGGCGACGCCGGCGGCCUGCUUGCCGCCGAUUUCGGCUCCCCUGCUACGGGUCCCGAGCGGCGGCAGCCCGGUCAUCCCGCCGUCGUCGCCCAUCCUGACCAGGAAGGCGGCCGUGGCGGGGGUCCACCACAACCAACAACAACACCACCUCUUCGUGGCCCGCAGCCAUGUCGGCGCCGCAUCGCCCUCCCCCCGACCAGCGGGCGGCCUCUUUGAGACGCCGCUAAAGCCGAGAUCAGCCAUGGGAGGCGGCCGCAGCGGCGAUGACGACGUCGGGGCUCUGGCCGAGACACCCGAGCCCGUCAGACCCCUGCGUCUCGCCGGCGGUGGCAAGCCGGCGGCGGACGCGAAGCAGCAGCUUACGAUAUAUCAGACACUUGGUUGGGACGAUGACGAUGACGACUUUUGA